AUGGACAAAGACGAAUAUGACGAGUUUGGUCUCCGAAUACGUCGGACUCCCGCUCCCGCUCCCCAACCCGCUCAAAUGAAGCCUACCACGCAAACCAGCGCUCCGAUCUCCGCAACUCCACCUCCACCUCCGCCCCCGCCUCCACCUCCCCCGCCUCCACCUCCCCCGCCUCCACCACCUAUCAGCGAGAUCUCCGCUUCAGACAAGAAAUGGAACGAGAAAAAGAUGUUCUCGGAGGACCCGUCGGACCCAACGUCCACCAUUGGUACUGGCGGCCCCGUCUCGGAAUGGUCCCACCAGCAGAUUGUCCGUCGCGCUGAAGACACAGACCAUAAACCUGGGCCGGUAGAGGAGGAUAUCGAGUGGCAGGAGAUGCCGGCCUUUGCGUCCCAAGAUCUGUAUGACGACGAUGGGCGUCUGAUUGCGAAAGCUGCAGUCGACUCGGACGACGAGGACGUUAAGGGCGGCGCGGCGAAGGGCUACACGCGUGUGUAUGACGAUGAGGACACCCAAAGUGUGACAAGCAUGGAUGAGAAUACGAGUUAUCUGUUUAAGGAGGGGACAGAAGACGACGAAGCGUCGCGCAACCCGCUCAGUCAGAUGCAGGCGACAAAGGAGCUGCUAACGGAGGGACAGAGGAUUGCCUAUGUGGGUGUGUGUAAGCUGGCAGUGGAGGAAAUGACAGCGGAGGUAGCGAAGCUCGAGGGAAGUAAGGGAAAGAACGUCAAGAAGGAGCUCAACGCGGCCAGGGAGAGUAUGAAGAUGUGGAGCCAGAAGAUGAUGGUGAGGUUGUAUAUGCACAUGGAUAUAUCUCCUGCUGAGCAAAUUAUGAUUGAACAACUUGCGGAGCACGGUGUGCUUUCGAGUGAUCUUACGCCUACCCUUCUCAAGAACUCCCGAGUCUCUAAUCCAAUGGCUGCUGCUGCGGCAACUACACCGACUUCACCACGGCAGUCUGUACUAUCGGACAGUAGCUCAAUCCCGCCUCCGUAUUCAGAGAAAGACCUUCCGUCCGUUCAGGACCCCUCGCAGCUGAACUCCCAGACCCUCGAUAUCGACAUCCGCUGGACAGUCCUCUGCGAUCUGUUCCUAGUCCUCAUCGCCGACAGUGUUUACGAUGCACGUUCUCGCGUUCUCCUUGAGCGCGUUGGCAACAUGCUCGGUGUCCCAUGGCUCGAUAUCUGCCGCUUCGAGAAGCGCGUAACAGACGCCCUCGAGAUCCAGGAAUCCACUGAGCAGAACUGGAGCGAGCAGGAGCACAUGGAUACGCGGAUGAAGCGCGCCAGGAACAUGCGAUACAUGAUGAUGGGUCUUGCGACUAUUGGAGGAGGUUUGGUAAUUGGGUUGAGUGGUGGGUUGCUGGCGCCUGUUAUCGGCGCAGGUUUGGCUGCUGGGUUCACUACGAUCGGAGUCGCAGGGACAGGCACAUUCUUGGCCGGGGCCGGAGGUACGGCCAUGAUUGCGAGUACGAUGGUUGCGUCAGGUGCGGCAAUUGGCGGAAAGGCUAGUUAUAAUAGGACGAAGAGUGUGACGACUUUUGAGUACAGACCACUGCAUAAUGCAAAACGUGUCAAUUUGAUCAUUACCAUCUCAGGUUGGAUGAGUGGAAAGGUCGACGAUGUGCGAUUGCCGUACUCAACGAUAGACCCGAUUAUGGGGGACCUUUUCUCUGUCCAUUGGGAACCCGAGAUGUUGACCUCCAUGGGGAAGACCAUCAAUAUCCUCGCCACAGAGGUCCUAACACAAUCCCUCCAACAAAUUCUUGGCUCUACUGUGCUCGUUGCACUCAUGGCCUCUCUCCAACUUCCAGUCGUCCUUACAAAGCUCUCUUACCUCCUCGACAACCCCUGGUCUGUCUCUCUUGACCGUGCUAAUGCCGCAGGCCUUAUUCUUGCCGAUUCACUCAUCAAUCGUAAUCUCGGUGUGCGCCCUGUAACGCUCGUUGGUUACUCCCUUGGUGCCCGUGUGAUUUUCUCUUGCCUCAAGGAGCUCCAGCGUCGCCGCGCUUUUGGCCUUGUCCAGAACGUAUAUAUUUUCGGCUCCCCCGUCGUCGUCAAGAAGGACGAAUACUCAAAGGCCGUCUCUGUCGUUGCAGGCCGAUAUGUUAAUGGUUACGCUAGAAACGACUGGAUCCUGGGCUAUCUCUUCCGUGCGACAUCAGGAGGAAUCUUGCGUGUUGCUGGACUUGCGCCAGUGGAGGGCAUCCCCGGUGUAGAGAACGUAGAUGUCACAGACCUUGUUGACGGACACAUGGCAUAUCGCACUGCGAUACCGAAGCUCCUCCGAAAAGUUGGCUUCAUUGUGCUCUCGGACGAGUUUACGGAGAUUGAAGACCCGGAUCCAGACCGUCAUCGGGAGCGUCAGCGCGAACUAAUCAGUGAGCUGGACGAGGCGCGGAAGGAGCUCGACAAGAAGAAGCGGUUUACCUUCUUUGGCCGCGGUAAAGAAGCCGCAAAGAAAAAAGAAUGGGAAACCUACGAAGACCCCUCCGUCACCGCCGCCAAAGAGGCGGCCGCAAAAAAGAAAAAAGAGGGGGAGCAGGAUCCCAACGCAGACGUCCUUUUCGACGUCGAUGCCAUCCGCGCAGAGCUGGCACGGUCAGGGCGCGAGGAGCUGUCAGUCAAAGAGCUGAAUAGUACUCUUCCGACGCUUAAGACCGGCUCGGGGAUGCUAGGUGCUCCCACGGCGAAUCUGCGUCACUCAAAGAGCUUUGGGGAUCAUCGCUCGCCCGUUAGUGCUGGGUAUAAGAGCUAUGGCAGCAACCCGCAACAUAAUGGCUUCGGCUACGAUAGCGACAGCGAAGACGAGUUUGGAAAUCGUCGAAGGAAGCCUGGUGAGGAGGAGGCAACUAUGACAUUUGAUACAGGCGGAUACCAACCGCCCCCUAGGACGAACUCUGGCGGGUAUGGUAAUCUUGGGCUUGGACAGAGUAGCAGGGGCGCAAGUGCGUACAGACCUCCGCAGCGGAGCACGUCCAUGUACACAACACCGAGCUAUGCUGCUGCCGGGGCUGCAGGUGCGGGUGCAGCAGUGGGUUUCGGCGCCAGUAUGGGCAUGGAAAGCCGGAACGUGUGGGCAGACGACGAUGAAGACGAGUUUGCGGGUGGGGAGGGCGAGAUGACGAUGACUUUUGCUUAA